GUCGAAUUACCGAGUGAUAGUGUUGAGCUUCAACUAUGUCAUCCGAUAAAAUAGAAAACUUAGACAACCUCAUCGCUGAGAUCAUUCCCAAGAAUUAUGUCUUUGUUGAUGCUGAAAUAACAAGACUAACAGCUUCUGGUGACAAUUAUGGCAGUCUUUUACUAGCUGUGGACAUCACUGUAAAAAAUGAAAAAGAAAACAAACUCAUCCACGCAGUAGCUAAAAGACCUCCUUCAAACAAACUCGUGCAAGAGCUGUUUAAUAGUCAGUACACUUUUCCUAACGAAGUCGGUUUUUACCAGACUAUUAUCCCAUAUUUGAGGCAGUUUCAACGUGAACAAGGUGUCACGGAUUUGAUUAGUUGUUUUCCCGAUUUUUACGCAGCGAGGUUAUGUAAAGAUGCAACAGGAAGGGUUGAUGAAAGCUCAGUAUUGCUAAUUAAGAAUAUUAAAAAGAAUGGUUUUCAAACUUUGAACAGAACAGUCGGGUUUAGUCUUGAACAAAGUCGAUUCAUUUUGGGAAAAAUGGCAGAAAUGCAUGCAACAACUGUUGCAUGGAAAAUACUACGACCUGAGCAAUUUAAAUUGAAAUUGGAGCCGUUUUUACAACAAUACAAAGUGUUUGAGAUGGAUGAAGAGAAUAAUCGAAAAAUGAUAAACGUAUCAUUAAAUGUUGUGAAAGAUGAUGACGUCUGUAGAAAAUACUUACCUCAAAUUGAAGAGUUUCUCUGGAAGAAUCUUCAAUUCUGUAUCACGAAAAAUAUUAAAACGAGUUCGCCGAGUCAUUUUCUAACCUUGACACAUUGCGAUCUGUGGGUCAACAAUAUUAUGGUCAAAAUUGAUAACAACACAAUCACUGAUGUAAAAUUUGUCGAUUUUCAGUUAUAUGAAUACACAUCGUUUGUAAGAGAUGUUGUUUUCUUUAUUUUCAGCAGUAUUCAAACAUCGGUCUUGAAGGAAAGUUGUGACGAUCUUCUGUUACAUUAUUUUGAUAGUUUGAUAAAGCACUUAGUUUCCAUGAAAUGUGACACUAAACUCUUCACUUAUGGUUCAUUUUUAAAUGAAAUCAAAAGUGUAAUACAGCAGGGUGAAUUUUUCCAUGUCUUAACUAUGUUGCCUCCAAUUUUUGCUGCUGAUAAAGAUACCAAGGACGUAGAAGCGCUCGAACUUCAUGACGUUAUUUUUCAUGAGAGUGAAGUCACUGAUACGCAUCGAGAGAAGGCUUAUUUUAUUGUAAAAGAAUUCAUACGAAGAGGGUGGUUGUUCCAAGACGACUCUUGAAGUAAUACACUGUUAAGUUUUUUGAUUACAGAACAAUAACUAAUGUACAAAAUGUUGUAUUUGUAAGAAUCUCAAUUUGUAGUUACUCGUUUCAAUUUUAAAACCUAUGUACGAAUAUUUAAUUAAAUAUAGGUACCAAA